GUCAGUAGUCAAUCAGUGGGACUCCAUCGACCAUUGUGUCGGUAAGUCAGGAAGAGAGAGCCCUCGGGGAGAAAAGAAAUCGUUCGCAUAUUCGGACCGAUCGCUGGUGGUUGCGGAUGGUGAUGUGAUUUUCGUUUUCGUUUUUGAUUUUUCAUUGUUAUUUCGUUAUUGCGAGCCCUCGUCCAGAUCCUCGAAUCUCGGGUGUCCAGUGGGGCUGUGUGCAGCGAAACCGGGUGUUGGUUCGAAUGGUGAAAACAAACGCGGCACUGUGGUCGGAGGUGAGAUAGGGCUAGGCGUACUACUAGUCGCCCCAUUUUGAGGUCAAAAGUGCAGUCGAUAAAAGAAGUACAUACAGUCAGUGAUGGUUGGGAAACGAAGAAGGAACGAGUGAAGUACGGUACUGGAGAAGAAGAGCAAAACACCAUUACGAAGCAGACACAGCGAAGGAAAAAGUCAGUAGGCGCUCUAUCGCCAGACGUGAAACUCCAUUUUUUCUGUAGUUCUUCCUCUUUCACACAAGAGCAGUCCAGAAGAGCAUUCUCUCGAGGCUUGUUUGUCAAAAAGAAGAAAGAAAAAAAAACUACGAGUACUACACAACCACGACAAAGUGGGCGAAGACGGCGACACACAGCCACACAACGGAGUUGUAGCGGUAACAGCAGCAGCAGCAGCCGUCAGCAAAAGUCGAUCGAAGUGAGAGAGAGUAAAAUUUUCCAAUAUCUUGAAAUGGAGCAAAAGUGGCAGAAGUGGAAUUGUCUUCCAAGUUCGAUUAAUUGAGCACAAUUGAGCUCGGGAUACUAAUUUGCAUCGGCGGACCCAGUUAUCUUUGUUUCUGAGAACGUUGGCAUCGUAGCACUUCGUUGAAACUCUGGUGUGUGCGAGUUUGACGGGAAUAAUAGGAAAAACGAAUUGAUACGUGCGGUGGUUAUUAAUCAAGCAGCAGCAGACGGAGGACGUGAAUUGUAUCGACGCACACACCAGAUGUACAUACACAGGCACGAGCGGAGUGCUGCUGCAGCCGGAGCAGGGUCGCCGUCGUCGGAACAGCAUUAGAGAAGAGAGGGCGAGCGGUGGUGGGUAACAACGAGACCUGAGACGACGACAGGCGGAACACAAAAUGAAGCCAUAACACCUACGUUUACCAUCUGCUCGAAAAAAGGCCUCAAACGGGCCAGUUCCGGCUGGCAGGCACCAGGUGGCUGUCACUCCCUGGUUCGGCUCCGAACGGACGCCCUGGUAGGACCAAGUGGUCACAAAAGUGUUGUCCGGAAUCAAAAUAUUUACAUAACAUAGGUUUGAGAAGGAGAAGGAAAAAAGGAAAAACCUCAGUGAGAAAGUGAUUUGGAAGAUAAAUUUGAAAAAGUGAAGUUUAAAACCAAUAAGAAAAAUACAAGUGAACAAUAAUGUGUUGUUUGGGAGAAUGAUAAAAUUCUCAAUCACAUACAAAUUAGUGCGGUUCGAAAAAGAUAUGUGAGAUGGAUUAUCGAGAAGGUGGCGGGUGCCUUGGUGGAACCAGAUGAAGGCAAGACACGGCAAGAAACAAGCAGAAACUAUCGAAAGCAAGUGGUUCAUUGUCGCAGUGAUUCUUCGGAAAACUCGGUGCUGCCCCAAAUGUGGAUGAGAGGCCACGGUCGGAACGGUUGUUUUAUUUGUUUCCGUACGUUUUUUUCCUGCUUUGGUUUAUCUCUUAGUUUGGCUGUGUUCUGUCGCAUGUGUCCCUUACAAUGCGAAAGCUAAGUGUCAACACGGGAGGAAUGUCUAGACAAUCGAAAACAGCACCCCAAGCGAAGAAGGUGAUGCCACCGGCUGUUCCGGACGUGUACGGAAGAACAACGGGUGGUGGCGCCGGUGCAAACACACAAACGGCCACUUACGCCACAACUGCUGCGGUUGGUGCGGUUGACGAGAACGGUUUUAUUGUCCAACACGAAACGCCUUCAUCGCUAAUGCUGCGCUACGAUCACACGGACUUCGCGGACGAUCAGGGAAUUGAUCUGACGCAGUCCCCGGGACGGGACAGUCCCAUCAGUUUGUCGGGAUCGGCUGGCUCCGGUUCGCGUCAUUCGACGGCCAGUUUGGACUCUGGCCGGGCUUCCUCCUACCUAACGGGAGCUUCAACGUCGUCCAAUCGGAGUGGCGGUGGGUAUGGCACCCUCUCCUCCCCCCGGUGCUCCGUCAGCUCGUGCUCGAUCGGCAGUGGCAAUCGGUUGAGCAAUCACUCGAACCGAAGCGAUCACGACAUCAUCUCCGAGUGGCUGAUGGAGGUUCAUUUUCACGAGUAUACUUAUCUGUUUUUGGAAGCGGGAUACGAUCUGCCGACAAUAGCGAGAAUGACGCCGGAGGAUUUAACUGCGAUCGGUAUCAAACAGCCGAACCAUCGAGAAAGACUGAAGCGACACAUUGAUGCGCUAAAACUACCUGACGCGCUGCCUAACUACGUUCCGGGAUCGAUCGAUGAGUGGUUGCGACUGCUGCGGUUGGAGGAAUAUGUCCAACCGUUGCUGGCCCAGGGUUACGAAACGGUAAACGACGUAACGCAGCUGACUUGGGAAGACUUGGAAGACAUAGGGAUAGUGAAGUUGGGCCACCAGAAAAAGAUUCUGCUAGCGAUCAAGCGCGUGAAAGAUAUAAUUAGUGGCAAAUUGGGUGGUCUGUACGCGGCUACGGGGGUGGUACCCUUGCCGCAACCCACAACCGCGGCACUGCACUGUCAAUCAAUGCGAACACAAUACGACGAGUCGCUAGAACCGAAGCAAUUAACAUAUUCCACUUUUAUGAGACAACCUUCGGCUGGUGCUGAUCAAUACUACUGUCAGCAGCAUUUGCAACAGCAGCAACAACAACAACAGCAGCAGCAGAUUUCCUUCCCUCACGUACAUUUCGAUGGCACCCAGGCGAUUUAUCGCCGUAGUUCGUACGAUGAUAGCGACAUCACACCCACAAACGAAAUGUCAACGCUGAUGAGCAGCGAACAUCACGGGGCGACCAUAAAUCACCAGCAAUACUACCAAGGUGGCGGAACGCUCCCGAGGCAACACCAGCGCAACAGCUACGGUGUUCGGCUAACUCUGUGCCAGAAUCCCGCGAGCACCACAACCCAACGACAACGACCGAUAGCAAAAAUUGUAGCAAAUAACCUAAAGCUGGCCCCGACCUCGGAUGGUUGCGGUCCGGCACCUCCCUAUCCCAACCCCAUAAUAGGUCACAUCGAGAACGUUGAAAUGGCGACGGCCGCGCUAGAUGCAAUGCACUUCUCCAAUUACUCUUCGUUCAAUCAUCAUCCGCUGAAGUACACACCGACGCCUCCCAGCCAGCUGCCCCAGCCAAUUUACCACAAUCAAAUCAUCCUCCAGCAGCAGCAUCAGCAGCAACAACAGCAGCAGCAACAACAACAACAGCAACCGCAAUUCAACUAUUCAACAAACUAUGCCGGCCAAACGCACCAAACAACGGUCGAAAUUCACAAAACUCAGCACGACAACAAGAGCAACUCCAGCCUGGAAUCGAUCGAUCAGAUUCCGUUCGCGAACGAGAACGCCGGCACGAUCAAACAGCGCUCUUCGAUGAACCGGGCGGCCGAGCAGCAUCAUCCGAUCCACGCCAUGCUCUCGCACUCGUCCUCCUCGACGUCGUCUUCGUCCUCGACCGGGUCGAUCACGACGACGCUGGCCGGAUGUAUACAGCAACUGUCGCCGCCCCAGUCGGCGGCGGAAGCUCAGGUUGGCCUGCAGCAGCAGCAAGCUGCUUCGCAGCCGAAUUGCUCAAAAAGCGGUGGAAAUGGUUCGACGAAUACUUCGCCAACGCAGCAGCAGCAGCUCGGUGUGGUCGGAACGAACGUGCUGAACGACAUCGGGAAUAUGCUGGCCAAUCUGACGGACGAGCUGGACGCCAUGCUGGAGGAGGAGAAUCGUGCCGGGAUUAGCGAUAUAGAAUGAGGCACUAAUCUCGUUGGCUGCAGCUAGACAACAACCACAACAACAACAACAACAGCGUCAAACAGCGAAGCGUUCGAGAGAACUGAGGAACAAUAAGAGGUCCGCAAUCCCAUUUCAAUCGAAAAGCAGCGCCGCGGAAGAAAACAACAAUAGCCAUCGGGUCCGCUAUAUGACUAUGAUGAGGAUGAUGAUGAUGAUGAUGAUUGGACAGAAUACACUUUACUCUCUAGGGGAGUAGACAGAAGAGGAAAGUGGGUAUAAGAACAACAGCAGCAAGAAGCCGCAAUCAAUGGAUUCAUUUAGCGAAAUUGAGAGCGCUGCGUUUUAAUUUUUGCACUCUCUCUGAUAGUUUGAAAUUGAACAAAAUCUACUUAAAAACAUCCGCUGCCAGCCCGCCCGGUCGCACGCAGAGAUCUAAACCGGACGACUCUCACGCCGACCCAUCGCUACACCAAUUUCGGGGUUUGUAUGUGUGCACGCCGUCUGGAGAAGGGCGGCGGCGGCGGCAAUGGUAUAUUUCGGAAGAUAGAGGUUGAACCAAUAAUUGAGUUAUAGGUAAACGAUUUUGUCUAUCGCCGAAACCCAGGGAGGCUGAGCCGCCCUACGUUUCGAAAUUUGGUCUGAGAAACUAGCUAUAACUAGGUUAGCUGGAAGAGUGCGAGCAUGAUAAUGAAUUUAGAAUUUCCCGAUUGGAGCCCCCCGAGUGGGGGCAAGUGUUUUCUGCGCCCACCUAAGAGGUGCAGGUUGUGUGUAUAUACACAGCUGCCAGAGAUAGCCGACAUUAACGUCAAUUCGAUUCCCAUGUUCUCCACGACGACACAAUAUCCGUCUCGUCGGAGUUGUGUACGUGUGUUUUUCUCUUUGUUUUUUUUGACGACGGCUCAGAUGAUGAUUUCAACCACCAAAAGCACAAACAUCGAACGCGAACCAAUUUAUGACGGGUGCCGUAAAUAAUAAACAGCCGCGCGUUUCUCGCGUGAUGUUGUUUCUGUUUGUUCCGCGGGACUUUGUUCGCGUGACCUCGUCACCACCACGAACAGGCGUAUGGCUAGUGAUGUCCGACUUUUUAAAUUAUUCGUUCAUAAACUAAUUGACCGGUGACUGACACUGAAUUUUCGUUCAGGCUGCGUCAGUCACCGGUGACUCUUCAGGUCUGCGAAAAGAAAAUAGUAGCUGGGGGCAUUAUCUGGAGAAUACGGUGGAUGUGGAAGCGAUUCGAAGCCCAAUUCAUGCAAUUGUACCAUCGUUUUCAUUGGUUUGUGACACUUUAAGGAGUUUCACAAUAACAAAAGUUGCUUCACUCUCAAUGCUGUAACUCACGAACCAAUCGACCGAUUGCUGUAAACUUUUGACACGUAUCCAUUGAAAGAUGGUGCUUUGUGAUAGUCAAAUAGAUUUCUGCAAGAGGCACCAUCUAGACGUCAACCUUAUCAACUUUUCACCCGGCGAUUUUCGUCCCACCAAAAAUUGAUUUUUUGAUAUGAAUACUUUCGAACAUUCGCGUUCUUUCGCUAAACGAACGUUCGUGGCCUCAAUCGCAGAACAGUUGAUUGAUUGAUCAUUUCAUCGGCGUUUGUGACGGCUAGAGUCGAAUAAAUUUUGAAGUCCAAACUUUCUAUAAAAGAACAUAAAAAUCGAUCAACUCUAUCGGAUUAGCAAGCUCGAAAGCAGUUUCAAAUUGUUUAUUACUGUAGAAAAUAUGGGAAUUCAGCUUUCUAGAUAUUUAGAAUUUUUCUUCAAAAUUGUCAAAUCGAUUUUUUUUUCUUACCAUUACAUUGAUCUACGACCAGAGAGGGAUACAACAAAAUAGAGACAGUUGAAAUCGGACAAUCUGUACUCGAAACAAAUGACCACGACCACGAAAAUCAAUUCCAAUUGAAAAAUCAAUGCCAAUUGGAAAAACUUUGCAUUCGAGAACAAAUGCGCCGUCGAUUUGCUCCAACCCACUUCUCAUUGCACUGCCCAAAUAUGCAAGGUUGACGUAUGCACCAACAUGACCAAAAGCCACUUUUUUACUAAUUCACAUUCUUCAUCAUAUUAAACACACUCCAAACAUAUAAACAUGGUAUAUUCGUUCGAAAACAAUUAAAAAAAAAUUUUAUUGAAAAUGCCAUUUUGACGUUACAGCCAUUUGUACGCAAUAAUGGCGUCGCUCCUAACAGAUGGUAAUUGGUUAGAAUCGAGUUCCGUAGGUUCCGCGAACAUGGCUGAAACAAGUUCCGAUGCUAUAUAUAAGAGAAACCAUAAAUUCCAUAACAUGGAUGUCAAAAUUGGUAAUUUUCCACUAGCUCAUUUACACUCACUUCAAUUGUUUAUGGAUUCACUGAGGUCACCCGUACAUAUUCCGGAUUGGUUGUUCCGGCAAGGGUGGACUUUUUCGAUCUGAACUAAACUCCAUCAUGAAAUGUAUCAAACUAACUAAUAAGUGUGAAUUUUAACUGUGCUUACGUGUUUUGAUGUCUUAUCACAUUCGACCUGCUAUCUGCACUUAUCCCAAACCAGUUAGAUAGGGUUACCACUCGUGUUUUCAUCUAAUCGCUUCUCAAAUUCAUCUUCUUGGAUAGCGCUUUCCCAGUGGAACUUUAACCUUCUCAACGUUGGUAUUACUUGCGUCAUUUUCAUUAGUAGUAAUUAGUUUGAGAUUUCUAUGCCGAAAAACACGCCUUGAAUGUAUUCUGGAGUGACAAGUACGCGUGACCACUGUGCAAGUCGGAAGAAAUUUAUUCGACGAAAAAUCCCCCGGCCAGAACGGGAAUCGAACCCGAAACCCCGGCAUGAUAAUGUGGGACACUAACCACUCGGCCACGGGAGCACACAAAUUCAUCUUAUUCGUAGCAAAGUUUCGUUUACGAGUAAAAUAUAUAUGAAAAUAUAAGAAAGGCACUCAUCCUACAUAUGCUUCUUCAUAUCAUGUAUAUCUAUCAAAAUUAGUUUGACUAAAUUGUGGCAAAAUUAUUCUGAAUGCCUUUACGAGCUUCAUUAUUUUCCGGUAGAUUGAUCCCGUAGCUACGGGUCUCCUCCGGCCAAUCUCUUCGUGAUUUUUAAAUGCUUUGCCAAGGUUUUGUAGCUUCCUUCAGCUGGUUCUUCGUAAACAAUUCAAGUGUUUUAGAGACUCAAUAGGGAAUUCCAACUCGAAACAUAUAAGAACUACAGAAUUUUGGUCAGACAAUGGAAUAUAGUAAAUUGCUCAAGCUUACAUUGAAAAAAAGCAAAGAAAUUUUCAAAAAAAAUUGCAUUAAAAAUAAUUUGAAAAUUAAAAUUCGUUUUUCUCAGAAACAUAUUUUUUAAAUUUUGAACUAUAAUUAUAUGAAUAGUUCAUACAACUACCAACAAGUCUCCUAUACAUUGGAAGAAGGGCACUGUGAUUUUUGGCAAUUUUUGUAAGAUUUUUUUUCAGUUUCAAAAAUUUUCAAAAAAAAAAUUUGCAUGUUUUAUGAAAAUUUAAAAAAAUUCCUGCAUUUCAUCCUCUGACCAAAAUUGUGCAUGUAUUAUAGUUUUUGAAUCAGAAAUUUUUGUCAAAAACUAAGAAAGAUAUGCUCUUUUUCAAAAAGUUAUCUUUUUUUUCGGAGAUUUAUGCAAAGUUGCUCAAAUGACCAAUUACACCCACAACGUUUCACUGCAAUCUGCCAACUCCUGAGACGAGUUGGCAUGAAAUUCGUCCUUUGAAAAUGUGGUGAAUCGAGGUGAAAUGUACGUUAUAUCGAAUGACGUUAUAUCGAGGGUACGUUAUAACUGGAGUACGUUAUAUCGAAGCUCUCCUGUAUAUUCGUUAUGGAUAAAUUAUCUUCUGAUAAAGUAAAAAGCACAAAAAUCAGGGCAAGCUCAGAAAAAAAUCAAGCUAAAUUGGAUGUUUGUCAGGGUAUCAGGGAAUGUACCUAAAAUUCUGGGGAGUCCCGAAAAAUCAGGAAGGUUGGCAUCUUUGUUCCAGAGUAAUUCGAUGGAUUUCGAUUGCUGGAGAGUUGAUAAGCAGGAUAGCAAGACCAUCCGAUUCCUAUCGAUUCAUCGACUGAAAUUAUUCGUUCGCUUCGAUUGUCGGUUACAGCGUCAAAGAUAAUGACCCCAAUUCUGUAUUUCGGUCGAUUCGAAAUAUUUCGAACAACUUGAUAGAAUGCCAUUCUGUAUUCCGUUAUAUUGGUGAUUGAAAUGAAAAUCUAAACACAGAACAUGCAGGAAAAAGUGAAAGAUUUUGAAUGCUUAUAACUCGAACAUUUCUUAAUAGAUCGGAAAGAUGUUUGAAUCAAUUGAUAGGAAAUAUUUCUACGCAUCUAUCACAAUUAAUGAAAUGUUAUUUUUCCUGAGAUAAGCAAUGGAAUAACUGUAAAAUGUCAAGCACUGUCUAAACGCCCUAACUACCCCGUUUUGACUGGCCCGAUUUACGGUUUCCCCAAGACAGCCAUCAAAACCAAAGUGCUUGGGUAAAUUGGCAUUGCAAAUACAUGCACAUUGGGGGAACUUUCGUUUCCAUCGACAGACGCGAAUGAACUGAAAAGCUUGAAGACUGAUGAUGAUGAAUUAUAUCACGUUCGUUCGUUCCCAUCGUCAUGUGUUCCCUAACACAGCCAUCUAAACCUGACGGCGGAUCAGGUGAAAACAGCAGCAGGGAAACAUAUCGGAAUUCGGAAUAGGAAGCGUAAAAAGUAAUUAACACGCGAUAAUACUUUUCGAUAAUCGAUCUUUGAAAAAUCGAAUGACUUUUUUCAAUUUAUUUACUUGUUCUAUAUAAAUGUUGUUGUUUCAUUAAACAUGAAAUGAACAUUUAUUCAUUCUUAUUUUGAUUCUCAGAAUGAGAGUCGCAAAAAAAAACUUGGAAGCCCAGAAAAAUUGUAUUCACUAGGGCAAUCAUGGAAUUAUUUAAUUAAAUAAAUUAAUUGAAAAUUAGUAUUAGAAAAUCUACAACUGACAUUCAUCUAGAACUCCGCUGAAAAUCAUCUCAUGAAAUCCAAUCGUGCCAUACGUGUGGCAUUUGGUAGGAAUAUUGGUAGUAGUCUCAGUGCUAGAAAAGAACGCUCCAGCUGGACCUGAUGUCAUAAUCCAAUUUUGUCACAAUUUUUACUGUCGCCUAGUGAAUGUGAUGGUGUAAAUAUAACUUAUAACCACUUGUUUUGUAACGGCCAAACUUACAAAACUGCUUCAGCUAACUCAAUGACCACAGAGAUUUGACAACCUUUAAAAUGAUCCAAUGUUUAUUAAAUUUGUCGGGUGGUUGAGAGAGAUUAAACUCGUUCACUGAAAAACUAAUUUACAAAGUCUCAAACAAAUAAAGAAUCGAUUCAAAGAAACGGAAAUCAGAGAGGAAAAAAUCGAUUUUCUAAAUAUCGGUCCAAGAUCGCCCAAUCCUAGAACAAACACGUUUUUAAAAUUAAAAUUAUAAAUGAAAAUCAACUUCCCCGUACCAAAUUAGUAUUCUAUUUAAAUCAGUGAUUUUCAACCGGUGGGGAAUUCCCCCCUAGUGGGGAAUUUGGUCUUUGAAAGGGAGGAAUUGUGCAAUAUUGUACAUUUACUUCGCUUUGAAGAUGACAAUGAUUAUUAACAAUUGCCACAAAACUUUUUUGGAUACGUUAAACAUUUGCGAUUCUCGGCAAACAUUUCCAAAUCUGAAAUGUAAUGUUCAAUUGAACAACUGUACCAUGUUUGAAAGACUUCCCUCAGUGAAUGAUGAUAAAACGACGACGAAACUGUAAAGAAGACCUUAACAAAAAGGAAAUGUACAUCAUUUGUCAAGGCUUUUUGCAACAAAUUUAACUUGACACAUAUUUUCCUUAUGCCAAAGAACAAAAUUUGGACAUCGUUUGAACUCCCUUUCGACUGGUAGUGACGAAAGUUUCGGAUCAACAAGCUCAUUGAUCUACAAAUGAUCGAUUCUUAUCCUGAUAUGCGGAAUAAGCGUUACGAGUGUCGUUUUGCGUAGUAUUCAUGUGAAUCUGGAUUUCUGAUGGGAACAAAACACCGUAACAGAGUGGAUAUCGAAGAUGACAUGAGGUGUGCUUUUCGACAACGUUCUCAAGAAUUGUGGUUUUGGCGGAAAUCGUUCAGAUACAGGUGCCAUACUGACUUGACAGACUUUAUAUACCUUUUUUACAAUCAGAUCCAAGUAUAAAAUCAAAUCUGCUGCGAAUAUAACUUGAAAACCGUUGGUAUUAUUUCGUUAUUUUACUGAUAUGCUACAGACUUUUUUUUAGAUAAUACUGAUAGGGGGAAACAUUGGGAUUAAUUUUCGUAAAGUUCGUUCGUAAUCACUGGUUUUCGACCUUUUUAUUUAAAUGAAAACCCUUUUGUUGCAGGUAGUGAAAAAAUUCAUACGAAAAUUGUAUUUGAAUUCAAUUUUAUAUUAUAAUGAAAAGUUUCAGUAAAAAUGCCAGAAGUGUAUAGACAAAUGGUUAAAUAAGAGUCAGGAAUACGCGUUUUAAGUGAAUAAACAACAUGAUGUAGACAUUUUCAUUCAAAUUUCAACAUUUUAAAACUGACUUCGUGCGUUCUAAUCCGAUAGAGACCCAAACUAUGGCCCCCAAUUUAAAGUCGUCAUCAGAUGUCGACGCUAUUCCACUGUCAUCGCGAAUUCGUUCGGUUAACAAUCGUUUUUUGUAGAAAGUAUUCAAUUAAUCGAUUAAUCGAACGAUUACCGGACAUCACUACCGUAUGCCUAGAGGAAAGGCCUCGCCUCGAUUGAUGGUGAGCCAUUUUUGGUUUCCAUUUGAAUCGGAAAGGGAAAUGACGCUUGUCAGUCUGAUCCCAAUAUCAUGCUCGUACGCAGCUUUCUCGCAGCCAUCAGGGAGAGGGGAAACCCAUCUUCCUUCAAUCUUUCUGUUUCUGUCCAGCGCUCUAAAUCAAACGAAAUAGUAACGAGAUAUGAGUGUGAUCUAUUUAUUUACUUAAAACUAGUUUUAGUUAAAUCGCAUUUUUGUCCCCCCCCCUCUAGAGAAAGGUAUAUAAAGAUAUAGUUUUAGAUAAUCGCUCGUCCUAUAUAGCGUUUAGGUUGCAUUUCCCUCGGAGAACUAAAACAAUGCAUUACAAACAGAACCGUUAGAGUAGCUAGAACCCAGUAGUGGUGGUCAAUGGAGAACUGGGAGAGCUACAAAUCUUCCAAUAAGCUAACCAAAACCACAGAGCAGCAGCAACAGAAACAGCAUCAUUCAAAACAACAGUAAUUAUUCGAUCCGGACAUUCCUGCUAAGAGAAACAGAUAAAUCAGGUUUUUUUUGUUUAAUUUCAAGCAACAUAACAUUUCCAUAUUUGUGGAAACACAGCAGAACUGGAGAGAAGAACUGUAGAAAACAGGAAGAGAAACGAAUCACCCAUAAACACCAGUUUAGUACCAGAUUUAUGAACCGAAGCAUUUCCAUAAACUACACUACUCUCUGAUAUAUAAAUAGAAAGCAAGGGAAAAAAAACACUCCACAGAAACAUAUUUUUUCGAAAGGAAGUUAGCAGCAGCAGCAUCAGCAGGAUGGAGUUCGAAAAUUUUCUCUCACAACUCGAUGAAGCUGCGCGCGAAACAAUUAGAAGCGUUUGCUUUCGUUUUAUUUACAAACAAAUUUAUCAUUCGGUGGUGAAGGAAGAAGAAAACACAAAGCAACAAAAAAAAAAGAAAAAAGGGCGAAGGGAAGGAUAGGAAAAAGAUGUGGAAAACGUUUAAAACGAUUUCUCAAACAUCCCAUCGGAAUCGGAGUCAAAUCAAGACGCGAGACUAAUAGUCUACAUUUGUUGUUUGAGGUUCGAAGCGCUGGAAGCUGGCCAGAAUGAUGAUGUAGCACGCGCGCGCCACCGAGUAAGUGGGAGGAAGGAAAACGGUUUUCCAUAAGUGCAACCAUAUGUGCUGUGCUGCGGUGGUGCAGUUACACACUAGUCGCGUGCGUGCGUGCGUUCGCCACCGGUGGUGAGUGCCGGGAAGAUUUCGAAAUUGGAGGGAGAGAUGAAGUGUUGAGUUGCUGCCGCCGGCCGGCCGUCGUUGCUUGAAGGCAGCAAGCGCGAAUCCCAGAAAUAGAUGCUGGUCAUCUUUUCGUACGCGUGUGUGAGAUGGGUGUCUUUUCUCUUCUGCGAUCGUCGUCAUCUUCGCUAUUUGUUGUUGACUGGUAGAAUAACCGAUUUGUUUCGACCAUAUGUGUGGCGCAUUGUGUGGUGUUGUGAAGACCCAGCGCCGCGUUUUUGAACGAGCUGAUGAAAGGUUUGCCAAGGCUAUGCAAACAGAAUGCUGUGCACUCAUAAGUCAAUGUGGAUUUGUUGCGGUGUGUAAUGCUGGGUCUGCGCCAAACUAGAGUAACCUAUCUGGUUGAGAAGAAUUUAUUUGAACGGAAAAGUUGAGGUCGGCGAUGAAAUGAAGCCACUUUCAGCAGCCGACUUUGGCAAAAUUCUACCUUGAUGAUAGGAAGUUAGGAAUGCUUUUUUUUUUAUUUAUUUAUUCAAGAUGCGGAGCACAUUUACGGCUAUUUGCACAAGAUGGAUAAUACAAUACAUUUUAUACAUUUAUAAAAAAAAACAUCACUUAAUUCUACCUAGAUAUAACAAUAUACUAAAUUACAUUAUAAAGAUUUGAUUCUUUAAGGAAUUUCAGAAGAUCAUUUACUCUGUCAAAAUUAUUCCUCAAACUCUGGCUAUUGAUUUUAUAUUUUAGUCGGAAAAUUGCAUAUUUUGGACAGUGAUCCAUUAUGUGUUCUACAGUUAGUUGUGUUUUGCAAUCCAUACACUGUGGAGGAGCCUCACGCUUAAAAAUAUAUUUAUUCGUCAGUUUUGUAUGACCGAUUCUAAGUCUAGUAAUGACAACUGAGUCCUUUCUUUGCAAGGAGUACGAUGUGUUCCACUGUGCUGUGUUUGAUUUUAUUGAGCGUAGUUUAUUGUUUUCAAUGUUUUCCCAGAAUUGCUUCCAUUCGCCUCUCACAGCGUGUUUUGAAGCGCUCAAUAGAUCACUAUGUGUGGUUCUUGUUUGCGUUUGAGAAAGAUUUGUGGCCUCUUUGGCCAGUUCAUCUACAGUUUCAUUUCCAGGUAUUCCCAUGUGGCUUGGAAUCCAUAGGAAUUUAACUGUCUUUUGACUGUGCUUGACGCGUAGCAAUAGUCCAUGUAUUUUUUGGAUCAAUGCAUUUUCAGAAAAUGGAUCUUGUAUUGCUAUAAGAGAACUCAUAGAAUCUGAUAUGAUUAGGAAUUUAUAAUGAGAAUUAUUUUCAAUAGCAUAUUCAAUGGCACUUUUUAUUGUGAAUAGUUCUGCUGAGAAAAUUGAUGUUUGAUUGGUCAAGCGUUCCUGCUUUCGAUGUUGUAAACUAAAUACAGCAUAGCCAACGUUACUGGCGAGUUUCGAGCCAUCUGUAUAGAUAAAAUAGAAACCAUAAUAUUUGGAGGCUUGGACCAAAAAUUCUUUUUGGGCCAUCAGUGGAGUUGCACUUGUUUUAAACGUCAUUUUUAAGGAUAAAUUUAUUUCAAGUUCUCCCACAAUCCAUGGAGGUUCAACGUGGAAUCUACGUUCGUAGAUAUUUCCAGUCUCUGUACUGUAUGAAUUGCAUAAGCUUUUGAAUCGGUGUAUUAAGGAUUUGGUCCUUCCUGAUGGGCUCCAUCUAUUUGAAGCAGACAGUUUUGUGUUUAAGGGAUGUGAAGAUGAGGCAAUUGAUUUGAUUCCAUAUGCUAAUGUUUGGGAGUCUCUCCUGAAAGAUAAUGGCAUCAUACCUGCAUCACAAAGGAUACUAACAGACGGGCUUGUAUUGUAAGCUCCAGUUGCUAAUCUUAUACCUAGGUGAUGAACUGGGUCUAAUUGCUUCAAGCGUGUAUUUGAUGCCGAGUUAUAAAUAACGCUUCCGUAUUCCAGUCUUGACAGAACAAGUGAGUUGUGUAAGGUAAGGAGAAUUUUUCUAUUCGAUCCCCAGUUUGUAUUGGAUAAUGUGCGAAUUAUUUUUACUGCUCCCAUGGAUCUUACUUUAGCAUUUUUCAAAUGUCGAUCCCAGUUCAGUUUUCUAUCGAAUGUCAUUCCCAGAAACUUGUGGAUAUUCACCACUUCUAUUUCCUGUCCAUAUAGAGUCAAGUAAGGUUCGGUGUUACAACUAGUUUUACGACAAAAAUGGAUGACCUUCGUUUUACUAACCGAAAAACGAAAACCAGUGACUUUGCUCCAAUUUUCUAAAUUUUGUAAUGUAGUCUGCAAAAGUCGUUGUACUUCAACUAGAGUUUUCCCGGAUGUAUAUGCUGCUACGUCAUCAGCAAAUUUAUAAUUCUUAACAUUCAUUGGAAUAAAGUUUUUCAAGCGAUUCAUUGCCACUAAGAACAAGGUUACGCUUAAAACAGACCCUUGCGGAACUCCGUUUUCUUGUGUAAAUUUUGACGAGUACGUAUUUCCAAUUGCUACACAAAAGGAUCUAUCUUGGAGAAAAUUAUUGAUGAACCACAACAUAUUGCCUCUAACUCCGUAAGAGGAAAGUGUUUUCACUAUUUCAAAUCUCCAUGCAGUAUCAUAUGCCUUUUCUAGAUCGAAAAAGAUACAUACCAGGUGUUCUUUAUUUUGAAAAGCUUCGUGGAUAUCAUUUUCCAAAACAGCCAAAUUAUCAAUCGUGCUACGAUGUUUUCUAAAACCAGUUUGAGUGUUAUCUAGUAAACCAUUGGAUUCGAGAUACCACGUUAGCCUACGAUUAACCAUCUUUUCAAAGACUUUGCACGACGGCGCCAGUGGUUGUAUGGUUAGCGUAACAGCCUCACAAUCCGAUCGGCCUGGGUUCAAUCCCAGCUGGCGUCGUUGGGAUUUUCUGAGGCGAAAAAUCUCUGGUUACGUCUUCCUUCGGAGCGGAAGUAAAAGAAGUUGGCCCGGCUCAUGAGUUGUUGAGUCUGAUAGGUAGGAACAGGUGGAGUCGCCUCCCUGAUGUCGGUGAUUGGCACUAAAAGUGGCGGAAAUAGGCCGACGAAAAAUAAGCGAAGAUAAAAAAAAAAAAAGACUUUGCAUAUGCAGCAUGUCAACGAUAUUGGUCGAUAAUUCGUAGGGUUCAAUGGGCUUUUAUUGGGCUUUUUAAUUGCAAUGACUAUAGAUUCUCUCCAUUGUGCGGGGAACUUGCGUUGGGUCCAGAUAUUGUUGAGCAUUUGUAGGAGGUAGAAGUAUGCAUCAAUCGGUAAGUUUUUAAGCAUUUCGUAAUGAAUAUUGUCAGGUCCAGUAGAGCAUCCCUUGCAGCUCUUCAAGGCCAUUUGCAAUUCUUGCAUUGUAAAAUUCAUGUUCAAAUCGCUUUGAAUGGUUUCUUCAAACAGAACAAUAUCAUUAUUUUCCGUGUAGUUCUUGUAUUGGAUGAAUUCUGGGAAAUAAGAUGAAGAGCUGGCAAUCAAUGAGAAAUUUUCACCCAAUUUAUUAGCAAUAGCUACUGGUGAAAGAAUCAAUCCUGAUUCGGAUCUAAGGCAAGUUAUCCCUUGAAAUUUUGUUUUUCCUGAAAUUUUUUGUACUUUGGACCAAACUUCUUUCAUCGGUGUUGAGUUAUCGAUUGUAGAUGCAUAUUUCUGCCAAGAGUUUCGUUGAUGUCGACGAAUGGUACGUCGGGCUGUAGCUCUUGCGAUUUUAUAUAUUUUUUCCGAUUCGGGAUCCAUUUUCCAGUUGAAAACUUUGAGAGCCUUUUUCCGAGCCCUGAUGCAAUCUGAUAUUUCUUUACACCACCAGGGAGGUUUACAUUUUUUAACAACAUUCGAUGUCUGUGGAAUUGAUUGCUUUGCGGCGUUUAAAAUGCUUGAAGUGAAAUGAUCGACUUGAUGCAAUAAAUCUGUGGGUUGUUGUUCGUUCAGAUUUGAGUUUACAUAAUUCUGAUAUUCAUUCCAAUUAGCGAAUGAUGUUAACCAUCGAGGGUGUCUCGUGGUAUUUAACAUUCUUGAAAGCGGAGAAAUGAUAAUAGGAAAAUGAUCGCUAGAACAUAAAUCAGUGUGUACAGUCCAAUUAAAAUGGUUUGAUAGGCAGGCAGAACCAAACGAGAUAUCAAUGGCAGAAUAGCUAUUGUUUCCAACACUGAAGUGAGUAGGUGAACCAUCGUUGAAAAUAUUCAAGUUCCAGUCAUUUAUUAUUAAUUCGAGUAUUUUCCCACGUGAAUUAUUCUGACAGCUUCCCCAUAAAAUAUUAUGGGCGUUGCAAUCGGUGCAAACCAGAAACGGAGUAGUAAGUUGAUGAAAAAGGUCAUUUAUGUCUGCUCUUUGGAUCUGUUGGUCGGGAGGUAAAUAUAGUGACACAAGUGUAAAUUCAAGUGGAUUGAACAUUUUGACUGCUACAACUUGAAGAUUUGUGUUAAGAUUUAAUUCUUCCGCAUGAAAUCCAUUUUUUACACAUAUAGCAACUCCUCCUGAUGCUCGUGUAUGGAAAUGGUCUAGUUUAUAGUAAAUUGAAUAGUUUUUAAGCGUGGGUUUCCUUGUAUGGUUGAAAUGACUCUCUUGGAUGCAAAUAGCGAAUGGGUUGAAAUCAUUCAUGAUCGUCUUUAACUCGUUAUAAUUAUUAUAAAAUCCAUUAAUAUUCCAUUGUAAUAUGCAAUUAUCCAUAAUGAAUAUAUGUAUAAAGUAUGCCAAGAGAUAUGAUUGUUUAUAACUGAAUAUCAUCUGUUUCAAUAUCAUCAACGAAGAUCGACUGUGAGAUUGCUUGUGACAAGGUAUGGAGAUUUCUAGUUUCUGUCGUUGCGUUUGUAGUAUUGGAUUCAUCUGUGUUCUUCUGAAGCUAAUGGCUAUUGUUAGUUGGGUUAGUAAUAUCAUUUGUUAUCGAACUGAUUUGCGAAUUAUUCAUUGGACUUUCAUUGGACUGGUGGAGAUUAUCUGCAUUAGCUGUGGGGUUUUUCAUCUCGUUGCUGUUAGUAUUAGUCGUUGAGUUCUCUUCGACUUGGUUAGUGGUCAUUGUAGUAUUCAUUUGAGUUUCUCUUUCCAUUGUUUUACCUGUUACGCAUGGUUGUAUUUGUUGAACAUUUUGUGAGUUCUCGUUGGUUUUUCCUGUAUUAUUGUCUCUAGUAGUGUUCACUUUCUUGGGCUCGCCUUCAGAUGUAUUGAAGUGACUAGAGAACAACUGUCUCAGUCGUGGUGGGUUAGGGUCCGGUGCUUGUAGUCUUCUCUUUUGUCUGGCUUCACGAUAGGUGAUCUUUUCGGUGGUCUUCAUACGUUGAAUUUCGAGUUCAUCGGUGUACACUGGGCAGUCUUUAGAUAAGGUGUGGUGUCCUCCACGGCAGACAACACAUCUUCUCUCUUGCUGGCAUUCAGUUUUGUCAUGGUAUAACUUCGCGCAGUUGGCACAAGUCUGAUUUCCUUUGCAAACAUCUUUCUUAUGACCAAAUUUUAGGCAUUUCAUGCACCGCAGUGGGGGUGGGAUGUACUGUCGAACCCUGCACAGAUGAAAACCUACAUCAAUAGAAUUUGGGAGGGUUCCCAAGUUGAAGGUAAGGAUGAAUGCUCCUGAGUCUUCCAGCUUUGCACCGUUCCGCCGCUUGAUUCGUUUUACAUUGAUAACAUGUGCGUGUUUCAACUCCUCUGUGAUUUCCUCGUCUUUAUGCAUAUUCAGAUCUGGACAGAAGAUGGUUCCACGGGUUGUGUUCAUUGUAGGAUGUUCCAUUAUUGCGAUGGUUAUUGUUCCAAGUUGAGUCUGUUUCAAGAGCUUUACUGCUUGCUGUCUGUUUAUGGUUUUCAGUAGCAGUCCACCAUCCUUCGUUCUUCCUAUCGUGAUAUUGGAUGUGAUACUGUCCAUUGCCUUUCUGAUGAAAAACGGGGAAACAGUAGCCAUUGUCUUUCCUUCGUCCGUACGUUUUAAAAUCAGAUAACGUGGUCCAUUGUGAACAGCUAUUGUGUCCACUUUUUGUUGUUUAGUAAAUUGAUAUUCCUGGUGUGUUGCUCGAACAGCUGUCCUUUUGUUUCCUUUGUUUCCUCUAUUGUUUCCUUUUGUAAGCGUUUGUGUGCUAUCCAAUUCCUGUUGAUCCACGUCCAAACUACUGAACCUAGAUCCAAAGGUCCAGGAUGGCCCUCCGCCAUCUGAAUCCUCCGUCAUUGUCCAACGACCUCCCUCGUGACUUCUUUUUAAAUUCUCCUGCUACGCGUGAAAAUUAAUAGAAAUCGACUAUGAUCUGACGAGCUACAGUGGAACGAUGCUUCUCUCUCGGUAGCUUAGAUCGAACUGAUGAGGAAUGCUUUUGAUUCAGGUUUUCGCCAACAGUUGGAUUGUGUCACGGGAUAAAAAAAAUCCUGUUUUUCACUUUCAAAAUUAUAUAUUUCCAGAAAAAAAGGAUCUAACGUUUGCAUAAAAAAAAUUGACUUUUUUCGGGUGGUGAUAGAAAAAACUAAGACAGAUAAUUGAGUUUGAUAAAUCUCCCAUGGAAGGUAAUUAUAUUAGCUUACUUGCAAAAAAUUCUACGCCUUUGCGAGCGGCCUUCCGCAAGUUAACCGGAACAUUCGCCAUGGCGGACGGAAAGAUGCGUGUAGGCAUGUUUUUUCUUUUUUUUUCUUUGUUUUAUUUAUCAAUUCGUUCUCAGUUUUCGCGACAAAAUUGUUGGAGUAGAUCUUACGCUUCAGGUUUGUCCAGAAAUUCUCGAAGGGACGCAGCUGGGGGACGUUGCGUAGGUUCGCCGACUUGGGUAUCAUAUCGAUAUUCAGACGCUCCAUCUCCUUCAACGAUUUUCGUACUACAAAUUUCCCCGUUCACGGUCAGUCCGGAGCUAAACAAGAGCGGCUUUGACAUCCCCUUUUCGCUGAUUGCCAGCCACCGCAGCUCCUUCUUGGGGAACUUGGUGUGUGAAAUAAACUUCACUUUGAAGCUCACUUUCUUCGUGGGGGAAGUAAAAUACGAAGUGUCCUGCCAGUCGUUGCCAUCUCGUAGGUCUCGUCGUCCAUCACCACCGCCACAUCUCGAUUCGCCGGGAAAAUCGACUUGACCAUCUUAUUCAGCCGCUGCGGCUGCGUCAUUGUCUGCAGCUCCGAGACCAGUGGACGGGACUUCCGCUUCCUGACAUGUAUGUCCAUGUUCGCCAGGUACUUUUUCACUGUUUGGCCGGUUGCACCGACUUCCCGGCCAAGCGCACGCAGAGAUGUAGUCACUUUUCCCUCGAUCUUCCUCUUCAUCAUCGUAUAACCCGCGACGCCGGGGAAGCGCGCGAGUUCGUCGCUACCGGAGGGUUUACGCAGGUAAGCGGUUGGCUUAAGCGCCACUCCCGCGAGGGAGACCGACCGCCGUGUUCUCGCUUUGCCCGGCGAUGAGACACCCAACACCUAGUGAGUGAGUUCUCCACUGCAUGCAUUAUUUGUGUGUGUAUGGCUUUCGUGGUUAGUAGCUAUUUAUAGCGUUUUGCUCAAUAUCACUCAUCCUACAGGUGCAUGUUAAUAAUGGAUAAGGAGAAAAGGUACUCACUACCAUGGAUUUAUGUGAUUAGCUACGUCGACGGCUUCUGCUCCUAGCUGGGCGUGCGAUGAGCAGUCCUGACUUCCGGUUUACGCCUGUUGCUGCUGCAGUCUUCGAACCAGGCGGAAAGGUUGAGCCUUGGCUGGAUUUUGGUCAAUUCCAACGUUGACUCCGUGGGGUCAGUAGCGGCGCCACGAAAAGCACACACAAAACCAUUCAAUAUUACGCCACAUGAGCCAAACCACAAUGCCAUUCUUAGCUCCGGAUUUAUUUAACGGAUGCACGGGAGAGUACAACUUCAACUUUGCCUAAAUCUAUCGACUAUCCAGCUAACAAAGUUUGAACAAAAAACAGAAAACACAAAUGAGCACCCCUAACUCGCGAUAAUUAAAACACCAACUACCUUUCCUUGAAAUUCGCGGUUCAAGAAAAACUGUCACCACUCCUGCCUCUUCCACGGGCCAGGUUGGAAUGGACGAACAUAUUUUUUGGUCAUCAGAUCAGCGCACUAAUCAAUAGGACCGGAACUACGUAAUUGUUAGCGAAGUCAAUAAUCACGCUAGUCAUGCCAAAUUCCCUUGUACCUACAUCGGUCUCAUAUUCAAUCAUUCUCGGGCGAUCACCUUUAACCUCCCGAGCGCAGUUCAAAUCGAGUCGCUUGCCGGGUUUUUGAGGUUCCAAGAACAAGAAAACCCCCGCCGAAAGACUCUGCUGUUUGGAGGAAAUAUCCAAACGAAAAAAAAGUGAAAAAAAGGAAAGCAUGAGUCUUUCGGGUGUAUUGGUAUGUGGGUGUCUUGGCUAAAACACAGCCGCCGAAUCACAUCCAGCACCCAUUAUGGCAAGUUGCUUUAAAAAGAGGAGCGGCACUCGCGUUGCCAAACAUCCAUUACAUGGAAAGAAGAGAGAAUUCCAGAUCCACACAGAUGAGAUUGUAUUGGAUCUGAAUUUCAAAAUAACGAAACGAGGGGCUCCAUAUGUCGGAAUCAGUACCGUGCUACAAUCCUUUGGAGCUUCUUGUCGCUCAGAGUGGUCGGCUGUCCGGAACCGGGCUUUAUUUCGAUGCUCUGAUUGUUGUCCAAUAGUGCCGAGAUGUUGUAGAUGUCGGAACGGGCGUAUCCGACGUCCACAAAGUGCCGCACGAUGUCCGUUUUCGACGCGGCGGGGUACCGUUCUUUGAACGCGCACACUUCUGAAUGGAGUAGCUUCACUGUUUUCGCUAUCACGGUUAGAGUUCGACUGAUGCAAACGUUAGAGCUCCGAUCUCCAAUCAAGCUGUUCAGGUAGAUAGGAAUAUGCCUCCUAACUGUGAUGCGUUGCGUAAAUGGCUACUUCAAAAACGUCCAGAUAACUGUCCAUGAUUGCAGUAAACCACCUGGUUGGGAAGACACCGGUACACAAGACGUCUAAAAGCAAUCUAGUUGAGGCGCUGGAUGAAAGUCAAAGUGACAACAUCCAUCGUCGAGGUAAUAGCGGCCGGAGAGAGAAAAGUUGAGUUGAAAACAUUGCAAGUACCAGCAGUGGGAUAUACAGAUCUGUCUGAAGGAUUUAACCAAGUUACGAUCAAAACUCCCUCAUUGGCUACGUUUUGGGUCAGAAAAGGGCGAGUGUUCCCAUUGGUGAUCCUGAGGAUACGGGGCUUAUUUCACUCCACAUUUACAGCGGCAUCAUAGACAUAGGAAGUCUCUAGCUGGUCUGAUUUUGUUUUGCGUAACUGCAACAGACAGGAGAGCUCGUGAAGUAAAACCUGUCCACGUUAAAUUUCGGACACCAAGAUGCAUAUGGCAUAUAUUUGACAUCAUGUGCAUUAUACCAUUCCAGGAUGGAUUUUGCAUAGUGACAAGAGGCCAAAUCUGGCCAAAACAACGCUAGAGAGUCGUGGCUUCUUAUGAAUGGUAGCAACCGCUUCUGGAGACAUUCCUUCUCGUAGACAUCUUUGUUGAUAGUGCCGGUACAGACGAAAAAUUUGGAUUUUCGGCCACAACUGUAUAUGGCCUGCCAAACCAAGUACUUUUUGGGGAAUUUAGACUGCUUCUUGGUCCGGAAACACUCGGCUACGGCAUUCCUUCGCAUUGCAGUAUAAAAAGCGAGACCCGGAAGCUGUUUGAAGUCUUCGAGAACAUAAGUUUCAUCGUCCAUUAUGGUGCAUGAACAUUUUUGUAAAAACUGCACGGCUUUUUGCAGUGAAAUUUUUCUUAUCAUCACGAUUGGGCACCUUUUUGUACGCCUUCAGUCCAUGCCUCUGCUUCACUUUUUGUACAUAUGAUUUUGAUUUUUCAACCUUUCGAGCCACAUUUCUUACUGAAUGGUUGGGUUGUUUCUCACUAAUGGCAACCACCUUUCGGUCCAUCUGUCGGGAGCAUACUUUUCGAUUUGUUCCGCUUCCAACCUUCCGAUCCAGCGUUAAGCGCUGGUCGAACGAUUUGCACACACUAAAGAUGGUACUCUUCGGCAGUUUUAGCUUCUUGGCGAGAUCGCGUACCGACAGUGUUGGAUUUUGCUGUCGUUCGCGCAAAAUGCGUUUGCGUACUUUCACUUGAUUCGACGCCAUUUUGCCGAACUGAAGAAGAAUGUAAACAUGUUGGACAUCGAAAUAAAGAGGAGAGUUAAGCGAAAUAUUUCUUUGAUUAGUGAAAUGUUUCAUAAACUACACUGAAAGAAAAGUGUCCGAAAUUUAACGUGGACAGGCUUUAUGACCCAUAGCUCGGUGACGCUAUGAAGAUUAUUCUUGUUAUCACCGUAGGAAAUAUUCGACAGUUGUGGUGGCUAGAUAUGUUUACUUGCUCCGAUGCGGCGAUUGACGCAAAGCUCCCUUUCUGUUCGCUGCUCAUUUAGAAGCUCUGGCAAGAGCUGAAUGAGUUGCUAUGGUCGGAAAAUUCUGCCGGAACAGCUGGAACUCGUUCACUCGCCCUUUCAUGAGUGUAUGAUUCCUAACUACAUUGUUUUAUGUAAAGUUCGAUUUUUUCAAAGUCAGCUGCGUACGAGCAUUGUAUUUCUUGGUCAACACGGAUAGUUCGAUAUGUUGGCUGAGUCUUGCACAUCCUACUUUCCUCAAUGAGCGUAGCGAACGAUAAGUUUUUCACAACCUUUGCCUUUUCAGAGUUUUCCAGGAUUGGUAGUCAUCGCAAACGAACAUGAUCGACUGCCGAAUGAUCUACGAAAAGCACAGUGAGGAUUGACCUCGUUUGAUGUUUGUGGAGCGAACACCGUUGGCAGACGAGCGUCGAGCGGGAAUAAACUGUCUUCCUCAAGAUAUGGUCUAGGGAGUGUGUAGUGUAAGAUGUCUACAAGCGUCUUUUUCAAGGCUAGAGACGAAUGAACUGAAAAAGUUUAAGUCCAAGAUUACGCCAGAAAACAAGGCUUUGCUCAAUGUGUUUACCUUGGGUUUUGUGUAACAAAUUUUAAUGUAUAGCGUCAGCGUAUUCAAUAGGACAUACCAAUGCCGCUUCCGUUGUCGGGUCAUUGGCCAGAGCCGGAUAAUGGCUGAAGUUUCGUAUAAAAGGUGUAACGAUCAAACAAGAAUUCGUGAUUGGUUUUUGAUUAAAUUAAAUUAUUUUCUUUUUUAAAUUUCAAUUAGCAAAAAUACAGAAAAAAAUAUGCUCAGCUUCCGGUUGAACGAAUCCGAAUAGCCGGACCUUUCUUUUAACUUCUAUCUCGUCCACUUUCUUCGCCGCAAAAACCCAGUUUGCCUUUUUGAGGUUCCGUUUGACGCUGGUCCGAUAUUUCUCGACUGAACCUUUAUUCUAGGAUGUGACAGAUUCACCCAAAAAAGCACGGAACAAUCGUGUUGCGUCAGGAAAGGCAGUAGACAUUUUCCCAAUUCGCGUAAAGUUCUGGUUGACGGUCUCAGUUGUAAUGAAACUCGUUUUUUUUUGUUCGAUGCACAGUUGCAGAUAACAUUCCCUGCUUAUUUGUGACCUUUCGGAAGGAAAGGUUCCGGUUUUCGGUUUCCAGGCUUCCUGUCUGUCGACAAACGUUCUGUGGACACUUUUAUUACGUUGUUGUCAGCUGAUUUGACCAUUUUUAAUCAUUUUCGCGAUGCGUUACUUCUGUUCCUGGACUGUUGACUUCCUUGGACACCAUUUUGAUAACUGAAGAGCGAAUGUGUUCGUUGUGACACAGUAGCAAGAGAGAGGAGGACGUUUAUGGAAGUAGUCCUACUCGAAGCGAAGCGACUGUGAGGAGAGUCGAUUUUCAUGUUUCACUUUCGAAAAUUUUGAACCCUGCAUAACGAUAUGUUUCAACGGACAGAUGAGUCUCCCGAUGGGAUCUCGUUCCUCGAACGUACAGAACCCUGAACGUUCCACCUUUCUGGAACAAUCCAUAGCAGUUUUAUUUUUUUGUUAGAAGAAGCUGCCCAUUCCUGUAAAAGAAUCUUCACAAUAUUAAUACGAUCCAAAACUAUUCUUCAAAACUUCAAUAUUGGAUACAUCCUGUUUUGUAAGCGCUGCUACUCAUAGGAACACUUUACAAGAGUUUCAGAAAGUGCAUUCUAUGUUUCGUUCAGAUGGUUUCGAUACCGAUAAAAAGAGAUGUCAAUCGUGUUUUCAACAAAUUUAGUUAAUUCGAUCAGAGCCGCAAGAACAAAAACUAGCGUGGUAAAUUUCUAUUCGAUCUCAUAAAUUUGGUUGCAAAAUCUUGCCCCCAUUGGGGGCGAUCGCACUAAAAAAGGCAACAGAUAGUGUGUUUGUGAAAUCGCCAAGGGCAAUAAAUUCCUGGCAGCCAUCCCUAUCGCAAUAAAGACACCCGACAGAAGAAACGCCUUGGCGUAACGCCCAUUAACACUCACGUGCGUGCGUGCGUUCGUGCAGCGGCCGGUCAUGGCAACAGAUGAAGCAAAGAGUUAUUUCUCCCGCCUCCCCCGAGUGGAUUGAACCGAUUCUCAGCGUCAUUCUUGAGACACACGUGUUUUUGUUUUUUUUGUGGCACCCGUUAAAAUUAAAAUCACACACGGGGCCGUGCACGGUGGUAAUAAAUCGAAUGUUGGAGUUGCACAGUAAUCAGACAAUCUAAACACACAUAUGUCGGCUAAAGUCUCGUUGAAAACAGUGACACAAAAAUAAACGAUGUUUACGGAACAUAAAAAAGGCUAUAUAUUCCACCCAUCAAUAAAACAAAAACUGAAAACGAUAAACUGAUCUGAUCAGAAAUAGUUUAUGAUUUACAUCACACAUUAUGAAUUUAAAACAAGUUGAUUCCAUCGUCGCAAUCACACACACAAACACACCGCCCUUUACAAUGAUCGAAACACAUAAAACAUUUUAGUGAUAGAAGCAUUAUUUUUUACAUAUACUUGCUGCCUUGCCAAUCAAUGAAUGAACGAAACAAUUGAAAGCCAUUCCACGCCGAGAGUUUGCGGAAAACUAAUAGUAAGUAAUUCCUAUUGUCCAAACUUAUCACCUAUUGCCAUCGACAAAAAAGGUAGUGUUUCGUUAUUUUCUUCCUAAGCAUAACGCAUAAUAACCACGACAAAUAAGGUAAAUCAAAAACACACACACUCCCACAUAAAAUCAUUGUCACACAAAAAAAAAUCCAUGCAAAGUAUGAAAGGCGAACCGACAAAUAACUUGUAAUACAACAUUAAAAAAAGAAGAAUCAAAACAAAAUGUAAGGUACUUUACAAACAAAACAAAGUAAACUUAAAGCAUAAAACAAUUUUUAUAUACAUGGUUUAAACGUUUGAACAACUCCAUUAGUGUUAGUUUAGGUUUUGUUCGUUGUUGUAAACAUUUUCUCUUUGUAAGCGAAGGAAGGAGGGCGGGCAAACAUACAGAAAUAACCUGCGCGCAUACACACUGUACUACUUCUUAUAAAGCGGUUUUUGGCAGAAUGAAAGAAUGAAACAAAAAAUGGACCGCAGCAGGAUUCAUACCCCUUCUCUUUCUCUCGAAACUUCGAACAAUUCUAGAUCAACAUGUCAAAAGGGUCUAUCUUAUUUGAUGGAUUCUCUUCAUCUACAUUCUCUUUCAUUAAUAACUCAGCAGUAACAGGAUUUCCUGAUGUGUUCGACGUCAAGGAGUGUGAAAAGGGACCUCGUUUAUCAAACCACAUGGCAAAACUGGAGCAAAAUAUGUCUGAAAGGCCGUGGUUAUCGAAAGAGAAAGACGGCGAAGAGAAUCGAUCGAAGAAGAUAGACCCUUUUGACAUGUUGAUCUAGAAUUUUUCGGUUUUGGUUCUCUCCAAGCACGCAAAACAAAAACUGAAAACAGGAAAUCACAAACAACACCACAAAAAAAAAACAACAAAAACCCAGUACCUUUGCAGUAAAGUAGUAGAGACUUUUUUUUGUACAAAUACAGGUAAACAAACCAAGCAGUCCACACGAAUUUUUUAAACAAACGCAAAAACAAAAAAACAAAAAAACCCUAGCCUACUCGGAUUUUAUCUCCUUCCUUUCCGUUCUCUCAGCAAACAACAGCAGACAUCAAACAGACAGACUGCAAAGUGAUGAAAUUUUUCGAAGCAAAAGCUGAGCAGAUAAGUAGUAGCAAUGGAAGCAGCAGCAUUAUUCGAAGAACAAAAUAUAUUAUUAAAGAGAGAAAAAGAACUGGUGGGACAAAUAAACUAUAAGGUGAGGGCAACAGUGAUGAAGCAUGUGUUUUUUGUAGCAUUUAUUACAACAGUGAGUAGCAUUUGGAGAAGAAGAUAGGCAGACGCAAACACAAUAAACAAGAGUAAACAAAAGUGUAACAUUAGCGGAAAUAAAUAAUUAAAGAAGUACACACACAGCAGUAACCUAUAAAUGGAAAAUAACGUAACCAAUGGGGGGAAAAGUUUAAUCGAGCUGCCUAGAGAGGGUUUUACAUAAGGGAUGAUAAUUGCGGAAAAUUUGGAACAUUAUGAGAAAAACAAACAUGAAACAUGUUUGCUCUGUGCGAACAAUAUGGCAGCAAACUUAUUGAACAACAACAAACAAUAUAAUGUGGGUAAAUAAUACUAGCGCAGUAAAAUGUUUUUAUUUUAAUUCGUGGGAAAAGAAGAAGUAAAGGAUGACAUCAUACUAUACUUAUUAUUAUUACGAUUAUUAUUGCUAAUAUUAUAUUGAGCGCGAGCAGGUAUGAAGUGUAAAACAAGAAAAAAAAAAUAACUAUAAUUAUUGCAAUUAUAACAUUCUAUACAUGAACAUAAACAUAUAAACAAUAAAGUAUAUUGAAACAAAA